GACGGACUUCAAACGUCAAAGUAUCAAAUGCGUUGUGGUUAACCUUCUAGAAAGAUUUUUCUCCCCGAUCGGGAUCAAAAUUGGAAGAACAAAUUCCAUCGGAACCGAUUCCUAACUACCGCUUGUUCUAAGUACUAUUCUGCCCCGUUCACGUGAAUUAUUUAAAAUGGUUGAUUACAGCAAGUGGAAAAACAUUGAGAUUUCCGACGAUGAAGACGAGACCCACCCGAACAUUGACACACCGUCGCUGUUCCGCUGGCGGCAUCAAGCCCGGGUUGAACGGAUGGAGGAACAGAAACGGGAACAGCAAAUGUUGGCGGAAAAGAAAAGACUUACCGAGCAGAAGGCCCAAGAACUGAAGAGCAAACUGGAUAAAAAGGACGGCAAUUUGGACGAGCUGAAAAAGAGCCUCGAAGAGCUGGAACGGGAACAGGCACGGGUUCGGGCGGAGGAAGAAAAUCUGAAAAAGAAGGAAAAAAUGCAGCCGUGGAAUGUGGACACUAUCAGCAAGGACGGGUUUCAAAAGACGGUUAUCAACAAAAGUGCGAUCAACAAGAAGCAGGAACUGACCGAGGAUCAGAAGGAGCUUAAUCUUAGGGAGUUUAUUAACAAGUACGAAAAAGUAUUGAAGCAAUACGGUAUGAUGCGGAAGUAUGAGGAUUCGAAGAAGUUUUUACGCGAUAAUCACUACUUGGUGUGUGAAGAUACUGCAAACUAUCUGGUUAUUUGGUGUAUUGAGCUGGAGAUGCAGGAGAAGCACGAACUGAUGGCACACGUUGCGCAUCAGUGCAUUUGUAUGCAGUAUAUGCUGGACAUUGCCAAACAGCUGGAUGUCGAUCCACGAGCCUGCAUGGAGUCCUUUUUCCAACGGAUACAGGUGGCCGAACAGGAAUAUAAAAAUCAAUUUCUUGCGGAGAUUGAAGCAUUUAAGGAACGCAUUCGGAAACGUGCCCAGGAGAAAUUGCAGAAAGCCAUCGAAGAACAGGAGGAAGAGGAAAGAAAAGCUCGUCUUGGUCCGGGAGGCUUGGAUCCGGUUGAGGUGUUCGAAUCACUGCCGAAAGAACUUCAGGCCUGCUUUGAAUCCCGUGACAUUGGUAUGCUGCAGGAGGUUAUGUCGAAAUUACCGGAAGCGGAAGCUCGCUAUCAUCUGAAGCGUUGUAUAGAUUCCGGUAUGUGGGUUCCUGACGGAAACAAGGGUGUGCUGGAUAUGCCCCCGGAGGAGGAAAGCGCUAGCGCGGAUGGGUCGGAACCGGUGUAUUCUAGCGUGUCGACUGAAGAGAAGCAGGAAGAUGAUUCCAAAUAGGAUUUAUUGUUGUGGAAUAAUAUUUUACACAGUUUUUGAAAGCAGCAUUUCUUUGAAACUGAAAAAAAUGUGGCUGAUUUGUAACAAUCGCUUAAAAAUAAGUUAUUUGAAAAUCUGUAUUCUAGAUAUAUGUCAUUGAAUAAAA